GUGAGGAGGAAGACAUUUUGGCUCCGAAAGACCGUUGUUGCCUAUAUUUAUAUGCGUUUAGUUGUACUGUAUUACCUCUGUGUGGAUUUUUUGAGCCAUUAUGGCUGCUAGUUAGUUACAGAACGUGGACUAAUACAGUACCGGUGAGGGUAAGUAUGCAGCAGAAGCAUGGUGCGAGUGGUCUUUUUGCACCCUGAUUUGGGAAUAGGAGGUGCGGAGCGGCUGGUGGUGGAUGCAGCUGUAGCUCUGCGUUCCCGUGGAUGCAGUGUCCAGAUCUGGACAGCACAUUAUGAUUCACAGCACUGCUUCUCAGAAACACUCUCGCCGGACCUGCCCGUGGUGUGUGUUGGCGACUGGUUGCCCACCAGUGUGUGUGGGUACCUCCAUGCCAUCUGUGCCUACCUGCGCAUGAUUUAUGUAGCUCUCUACCUGGUGUUUCUCAGCGGAGAGGAGUAUGAUGUCGUUUUCUGUGACCAGGUGUCUGCAUGUAUUCCUGUCUUGCGUCUGGCGCGCCACAGGAAGAAGGUCCUCUUCUACUGCCACUUCCCCGAUCAAUUGUUAACGGAGAGGCGUUCUCUUCUCAAGCGUCUCUACCGUGCGCCCAUAGAUCGUCUGGAGGAGUUGACAACCGGCAUGGCCGACCUCGUCGUAGUCAACAGCAAAUUCACCGCCAACAUCUUCAAGGAGACCUUCCCCAAUCUGGCUGCGAUUCAAACAGAUGUCCUUUACCCCUCUCUGAACACGUCCACUUUCGAUCAGAAUGUAGGCGACCUUGAGGGGCUGAUCCCUGAGCACCGGCGCUUCCUUUUUCUCUCAAUAAAUCGCUAUGAGAGAAAGAAAAAUCUGCCGUUAGCAUUGCAAGCGCUGGCUGCGCUGAGGGGGCGGAUUUCAACUCGCCAAUGGGAACAGGUACACCUGGUUAUGGCAGGAGGCUAUGACGAGCGGGUGGCUGAGAAUGUGCAGCACUAUGCCGAGCUGCGCUCUCUAGCCGCCUCUCUUGGCCUGGAGGAGCACAUCACCUUUCUGCGCUCUUUCUCUGACCACCAGAAGGUGGCACUGCUAAGCAAAAGCACAUGUGUCCUUUACACGCCCAGCGGUGAGCACUUUGGAAUCGUACCUGUUGAGGCCAUGUACAUGCAAUGCCCCGUGAUUGCUGUAGCCUCUGGAGGACCUCUGGAGUCUGUGGCAGAUGGAGAGACCGGCUACUUGUGCCAGCCCACAGCUGAAAGCUUUGCCGAAGCCAUGCAGCGAUUUGUGGUUGACCCGGAGCUUAAGCAGCACAUAGGGAAGGCAGGAAGGGAAAGGGUGCUAGGGCGCUUUUCUCUGCAAGCUUUCACCGAUCAGCUUUACCAAUAUGUCAUCAGUUUGAUCAACUAAUCCUUUGACACCCUUCUCCUGUUAUUCCACUGACCUGGUUCUGAAAGAAUGCACUCUCUCUAAUUAAAGAAGAGAGCUGUGAACAUAGGAAAUUGACCUGUCAAACAUUUGAGCUGGAGUGACAGUACAAGACAGAGCCAGAAUGUGGAGCAGCUUCUGACUGAGAGGUUAAUGAUUUACUCUUUGUGGGACAUUGUGUGUGUGUGUGUGUGUGUGUGUGUGUGUGUGUGUGUGUGCACAUGUGUCAUCAUCUCAGCAUAUGUAUGUGUAUGUUUUUUAUCCAUGGACCAUUAGAAUGUUUCUGAGACAGAAGUUGAUCUUCAUGUAGACCUUCAAGUAUCCUAGAGUUUGUGUAGUUCUAUCAAUGAGAGAUGUUUAGAUGUUUAUUUUGGUAAAUAGGAGACGUCUUAUGAUGUCAUUACGUGGAAAGUUUCUAGACACAGGACCACAAUUUUAUACACAGUGCUGUGAAAAAGUAUUUGCCCCAUCCUGAUUUCUUCGAGUUUUGUGUAUAUCUCGUACUAAAUAGUUUUAGUUUUUGAACUACAACAUAACACAAAGGCAACCUGAGUAAACACGCCAUGCAGUUUUUAUUUAUUUAUUUUAUUGAAGCAAAAAAAAUCCUAUCAUACAUGUGGAAAAACUAAUUGCCCCCUUAAACUUCAAAUCUGGUUGUGCCACCUUUAUCAGCAGUAAAUGCAACCAAAUGCUUCCGAUAACUGGAGAUCAGUCUUUCACUUACUUCUAGGACUAGGAUUUACUCCUAUGCUUUGGAUCAUUGUCUUGCUGCAUAAUCUACUCGUGCUUGAGUUUCAACUUGGGGACUAAAGACCGGACAUUCUCCUUUAGGAUUUUCUGGUAGAGAGCAGAGUUCAUGUUUCCAUCAAUUAUUGUAAGUUGCCCAGACCCUGAAGCAGCAAAGCAUCCCCACACCAUCACACUUCCACCACCAUGCUUGACCACAGGUAUGAUGUUCUUUUUGUGGAAUUCUGUGUUGGUUUACACCAGAUGUAACGGGACUCCUGUUUUCUUAACAGUUCCACUUUCCACUCCUCAAUACACAGAACAUUCUCCCAAAAGAUGUGAGGAUUAUCAAGGUGUGUUUUUGCAAAAUUCAGAAAAUGUUCUUCUGGGUUAGCAGUGGUUUUCACCUUGCCACUCAUCCAUGGAUGCCAUUUUUGCCCAGUGUCUUUCUGAGAGUGGAGUCAUGAACAGUGACCUUUACUGAUGCGAGAGAGGCCUGUAGGUCCUUUGAUGUUGUCCUCGGCUCUUUUGUGACUUGCUGGAUGAGUAGUUGCUGUGCUCUUGGAGGAAUUUUGGAUGGUUCAUUACUGUGCCGAGUUUUUCCAUUUGGAGAUAAUGGCCCUAACUGUGUGUUUUUUUUUUUUGUUUUGUUUUGUUUUGUUUUUUUUAAUCCUAGAAUGUUUUAAAUAGUUUUGUAACCCUUCCCAGACUGAUGUAUUUCAAUCACCUUCUUCCUCAUUUCUGGAAUUUCUUUCAACUUUGGCAUAGUGUGUUACUGGGUAAGACCUUUUAACCAGCUUCAUGCUGUUGAAAAAGUUCUACUUAAGUGUUGAUUUGAUUGAACAGGGUUUGCAGUAAUCAGAUCUGGUUGUGUCUAGUCCAGCUGAACCCCAUUAUGAAUGCAGUUUCAUAGAUUUGGGGAAUUAGUAACUACGGGGGCAAAUACAUUUUCACACAGGCCCACUUGGUAUUGGAUAACUUUUUUUGCUUCUAUAAAUAACAUUAACAGUUAAAAACUGUAUUUUGUGUUUACUCAGGUUGCCCUUGUUUAAUCUUAGAUUUUGUUUUAGUUUCUGAAACAAUUUAGUAUGAGAGAUGCACAAAACCAGCGGAAAUCAAUUUGGGGGCAAAUACUUUUUCACAACAUUAUUGGUUUGGGAUUGUUAUUGACUGUUUCCUCAUGAGUGAUUUAAUGAAACUGUUAUCAUUAAACAGAAUGGUGCACUA